UUCCUGUCGCGGCCGCCGCAGCAGAACCUGCAGAUCUCCAGCGGUCCUACCUGUUCCUCAGGUCCAGCGGUACCCGCGCCGUCUUCUCUCCCCGCAGCCGGCAUCUUUAGUGACCUCCUGUACUGUGUCCGCAGUCUCUGGUCAUCUCCUGUACUGUGUCCGCAGUCUCCGGUCAUCCCCCUGUACCGUGUCCGCAGUCUCCGGUCAUCCCCCUGUACGUACCGUGUCCGCAGUCUCUGGUCAUCCCUGUACUGUGUCCGCAGUCUCUGGUCAUCUCCUGUACCGUGUCCGCAGUCUCUGGUCAUCUCCUGUACCGUGUCCGUAGUCUCUGGUCAUCUCCUGUACCGUGUCCGCAGUCUCUGUCAUCUCCUGUACCGUGUCCGCAGUCUCUGGUCAUCUCCUGUACCGUGUCCGCAGUCUCUGGUCAUCUCCUGUACCGUGUCCGCAGUCUCUGGUCAUCUCCUGUACCGUGUCCGCAGU